AUGUCUACUAUUGAACAAGUUUUAGAGAAGUUCAAGGGCAUAGUGAUUCGAGUCCCAUCUCUGUAUUCAUUGUCCCCUUCCUGGCAUCCCAGAGUGGUUCCAGACCUGGACGGAAAAAUAGAGGAACAUGUAGAAUCAUGGCGUCAACGCUGGGUACCGGAGCCUGCUGCUUACAAGCAGAGCUUGGGUGCCAACUGCAAUUACUGCGUGCGAGCUAUCAGUCCAGAAGCCAACAUACCGAGCUUGCAGAUUGGAGCGAGAUACGUUAGCUGGCUUUUUGCUUGGGAUGAUGAUCUCGAUUUGGGCACCUUUAAUGGGAGCGCGAGACAACGAGAGCUAAUACGAAUUGAGGUGUUAAGGGCCGUUCAGAAAGCCCUUCUGGGCAAUACUGUUAUAGAAAAACCCUCUGACUGGAGAGAUACUCCCCCUAAUCUAGCCGAAUCCUUUUCCGACAUAGGAUUCUCGCUUCAAGAUGGCACUGAACUUGAACCUCUCCAACACUUCCUCUGCGACACACUUUGUGAUUAUAUCACAGAAGCAGUCAGAUUGGAAGAUGUAUCUCAGGAUGGUAUCAUCUUGGAUCUAGACGUCUAUCUAGAAGGUAGGAUGGAAAAUUCAGGUGUCUAUCCCACGAUAGCACAGUCUUUGCUUCUACAGGAUAUCGCUCUCCCAGCUUGGUUUCUCAAGCAUCCCAUACCAAUGAAAAUGAUGCGACACAUCAGCAUAAUGGUAGCCCUGUGUAACGACAUUGUCUCUGCUCACAAGGAAAUGGGCUGCAAGCGUAUAGAUAACAUAGUCCCCUUGCUCGUCUAUCAUCAAGGAUUGGAACCACAAGAGGCAGUUUAUCAUAUCUGCCAAAUUAUUCAUGAUAGCUAUACUGCCUUUGAGAACCUUGUGCCGGAGGUUCUUGCCCUUGCAUCCGAAAAUGGGUUAGCCGCGGGCCCAACCUUUGUAACCGGCUGCAAAGACAUCUAUAUAGGACUGGCGAACUGGACAUACUAUACCAAACGAUAUCAUGAUUUUCAACCAGAAGAAGGGGAGACGGAAGUUUUGAUCACCAUGGGAUAA